AGGUUGAAUAAAGUGUUUGUUCUAGAUACUUCACUAUACUAUGGACUAGCCGCCUUGCAAGUCACUCAUAGGACACAGCUGCCGCAGAUCUGAGUCCAGAGAGACAGCCCACAAAGACGAGAGAGCUAUGAGAGCGAUGGCGCACGCGAAUUGUCUCAGUCUGCUUGGAAGCUGCAGCAAGCAAAAUGUCCUCGUUAGUAAUAGAAAACUAUUGAGAGCACGCAGGUCUAGUUUAGAAGCUGGCAAAUAAAAAAAAAUAAAAAAAAUCUAGUUAAAUCAUAAAAGUAAAAUGGCACAAAUUAUAAUCAAUGAGGCCAAUGUUGCAACUAAUAACAAUGACAGCGUCGAUGAAAAUGAACCCUUUCAAAUCAGCGACGAUGAUUUGGAUGACUUCGACGACGACUGCUUGCUGGAGGAGGCGGAGACAGGUGGCAUCAAUAGCAUUGGACGUGGUCCAUACGAACGCGCAUGGACAACAGAGGCGACACGUGCACUCAUCCACAUUCGGGGUCCGAUGGAGGGCAGCUUCACCGAGGGCAGACAGAAGCGGACAGCGCUGUGGCUGCACUGCACCCGUCAGCUGCAACGGCUGGGAUUUCGGUACAGCGCCGCCAAGGUGCAGAAGAAGUGGCACAACAUCCUUAUCACAUACAACAAGAAUCUGAACAAGAAAUAUGUAUCGGGCUAUGUGCACUGGGAGUUCUUUGAGGAGAUGUUCAAAUACUUGCAGGGCAAGAAGGCCGAUUUCGAUAUGCAGCUGCAGCCGGCGGCGGCGGCGAAGCAAAAACAGCAACAGCAACUGCAACAACAACAACAGGCGCCACAAUCGCAGUCGCAGUCGCAGUCGCAGCAGCAACAACAACAGCAACAGCAACCACCACCGCUGAAACCGAUUUCAUAUCAGAAUUCAGUGACGCCAGUGCUGCUGACGCAACAAGCACAACAGCUGUCCGGGUGUCAGGAGGCACAGCCGUAUAUAACGCCCGUGGAUCAGGUGCUGCUGCAGCCGCAGGUGCAGCUAGACACCAAGUCGAACGAUGAGUUCGAUGAGGAUAGCAACAGUUUGUCGGAGGUGCGUCAGCCCAAACUAGAGUACGAUGCGGAUCAGACGAUCAGCACUCCGCCGGAUCAAAACGAUAGCAACGAAAUGGUCAUGGCGCCCACCAGCAAGCUAUACGAGCAGCACUCACAGCUGGCGGAUGAUGCCUGGUGGAAGGAUUACUUUGAGCGCAAGCUGGAUAUGGAGCGUGAAAAGAUGGAGCUGCAGCGCAGUUUGCAGCGCGAACAGACGCAAAUCCAGAAAAUGUCAAUGGUGCAACAGGAGCGCAUCGAGCGCAUGAAAAUCGAUGCCAUCAACAGUCUGACGGCCACAUUGCAGAAACUCGUCGAGGCCAAGUGCCGGCGCGCCUAAUCCAAGGUGAUCACAGCGAAGCAUUUAUCCUUCAGUAUUAUUUAAGUUCCAUGCAUAUCCGAUGUGCAUUCGAUGUGUAUAAUCUCGUAUAACUCUCUGUAAAUACAAUUUGGCCAACUAUUUGACUAGCGGAACCUAUUCGUUUUCGACCAAAUAAUAAAUCAGUUUUAAGUAUCUUCAAUUAUCUGGGAUUGUUAUUGUGUCUAUCGCUUUGAACUAUACCAAAAUAUGUAUUUUCAAUUUAAUUUAAUUUUAUUAAC